AUGAGCAACGCAGCUUCUUCCGCCUCAUCUUCGGUCUCGGAGGCCGCCUCCUCAGCCUACAGCAGCAUCAAAGACAUCGCACCAGGACCCAAAAAGGCAGCUGCUACACCAACACAAACAGCCCAGCGCAAAGACAAGCCCCUCUACUCUCUCAUAGCCGGUACCACCGCUGGUGCUGUUGAAGGUUUCACCACCUACCCUAUCGAGUAUACCAAGACCGUUUCCCAAUUCGCAGCUAAAGCAGGUGAAAAAGCUCCAGGCCCCAUUACCAUCGUCCGUAACACAAUCGCCAAAAAUGGCUUCAUCGGUCUCUACUCUGGCUGUGGUGCCCUUGUCACUGGUAACGCCAUCAAAGCUGGUGUACGGUUCUUGAGUUACGACCACUUCAAGACGAUGCUCAAGGAUGAAAAUGGAAAACUUUCGGGUCCUCGUUCGUUGUUGGCUGGAUUGGGCGCCGGUAUGAUGGAAGCGGUCUUUGCUGUUACACCUUCGGAGACGAUUAAGACCAAGUUGAUCGAUGACGGUAAAAGAGCAGUACCCAAGUAUCCAAAGGGAUUGAUUCCAGGUACAGCGGCGAUUAUGAAGGAAGAAGGUAUUAGGGGCAUCUACAGAGGUUUGUUCCCGGUGAUGCUGAGACAAGGUGCAAAUUCAGCAGUGAGGUUUGGGACAUACUCGACAUUGAAGAACUUCGUCAGUGGUAGUGCAAGGCCUGGUCAGCCUUUGCCAGGUGGUAUCACGUUUGGUAUUGGUGCGGUUGCGGGUAUCGUUACUGUCUACGCUACAAUGCCAUUGGACGUCAUCAAAACAAGAAUGCAAACACUCGAAGCACGCACAAAAUACCGCAACACAUUCAACUGCGCCGCCAUCACCUUGCGAGAAGAAGGUGUUCUCGCGUUUUGGCGAGGUGCCACUCCACGGCUUGCCCGUCUCGUUCUGUCGGGUGGUAUUGUCUUCACUGUCUACGAGGAGAUCAUGAGUCUUUUGGGUGCCAAGACCAUGUGA